GCAGUACGAGUGUAGAUGUAACUUUUAUUUUUGUGUAUGUUAUCUGAUUACUUAUAUAGUGAACUGCUCCGACGCAUGACGCAGUCUCUUAAUAUACCUACAUCUACGUGUAAGUACAUAGGUAUAAUCUACAGGGUGAUCCUGAUUCAGCGGACUUAUACCCUACGCCUCAGGGACGUUCGAAACGUCGGAUUUGGCUUCCAAAUCUUUUCCGUACGUUGUUCAGCAAGUUGUUAUUGAACUCAUGUGAGAUGAAGUACUGCUUUUCUUUAUGAUAGCGUACGGAAAUUACUAGACAUCCUUCUAUUCAGUGAUGGAAACCCCUCAAUUUUUUAUCUAUUAACCGAAAGUGUAAGAAAAAAUUAAUUAUCACGAAGGAGUCUUUACCGCCCUUUUCAUGCAGGAGACUGGGAUCAGUAUCGAUUCAUCCCAUUAUUUCAUCUAUUUCAUAUAGUUAAGCUUAGGGUGUUUCAAUGCCUGGGAAAUUGCGGAUGAAAACGUGUUGGCUUUAUUGUAAAAAUCGUAACUCCAAGUGGGUCUUGUACCCUACGAAAUCGUUGGAUCGCAGAGUUGCGAGAGCGAUUCUACCACCACCCUGUACAGCAAAAAGAGCGGAUAGGGUAGUUCCUGCGCCUUGCCUCUCGGUGGUUGUUGGAUGUAGAAAAGGUCGGCUCAGGUCGGAUCGGGUCGCGUUGGGUCGUGGAGCCUCAAGGGGUGCGCUGCGGCAAUGUCACUGCGCGAUGUUCCAUGUUUCGUGGCUAUUUUGCGGCGGGGGCGCGUGUAUUGAGGCCGUUACCAUAGUAUUAUUUCACCCCGUGUUAUUCCAUCCCCCGACCCAGAGCAGAGUCGGCCCAGUCGCACUUCCAUUCGCAGUCUCGGUCGCAGUCGCAGUCGCUCCUAGUCGGUGUCAGUUGCUAGUCGUGCGCCUCGUCCGUUCCGCUCGUUAUAUUCAACCUCCCCGUUAAUCACCCACCCCCGCAGCAUCGGCUAUACGCAUUAUUAGUAAUCCGCGGUAUAAAUCCAAACCAAGAAUAAUACACCUCCCUGUUAAAACUGCAGCAUUAUGCCCCCCGCGACUCAUGCUCUCCCUGGAUAUCCUUUUGACUUCAAAUUUUCUUCCUUCGUUAUUUCAAACAAACCCUGUUCCGUUUAUAUUCCAUUCCUCAAAAGUCCGCGAUUCAAAAAUUUUUGACACCGUCCCACACGUGUUCAUCGUAAAUAAUUUACAAUAGUAUCGCCAUUCGCGCUCUGUUAGCGCUACACCUAGUGUAGAUAAUUUGUUUACAUUUGUAAUUGUGAUUUGAAAAUUUCAACGCUACUAACUUUCUUUUUUCGAAAACCCUCGAGCGAUUUUAGAACGUCAUGUUAAUGCGGCUCGAACGGUUAAUUCGGUGUAGCCGUUCUUCCGUUCUUCGUUGAAAUCGAGAUAGCUGCUGUAAAACCACAGGUGCUUCAAUACGAUUAAGUGUUUCUAUCAUGCCGGAUAAAAGCACGGAAAGUAAAGAUGAGAAACGAGGAAAGGAUUAUUUCGUCGAAGAGAUAUCAUCGAUUGGUAUGUCGCUGCGUCCGAGUGGUAGUGCUUCUUCCGGUAUCUCAAGUCUCGCGAAUUGCGGAGAAGUUGAGGCACUGCCGGAACUACCACUGCAUGAUGAAGAGCGUCUUCAGCGUGCUGCUCGCCUUUUGCAACAGCGUCUUGUGCUGCGGCAAUGGCUUACGGAGCACGGGCUCCACAAUCACUAUCAAAAAUUGGUUCAGAUGGAAGUUGUUUCUUUGGAAGACGUCUACUGGGUCGAGGAUCAUGCUGCACGCGCUGCCUUGGGUAAAGAUCUCGCGAAAUGGACUGCAGCCCGUCAAGAACUUCCCACUUCAAAGGAAGACCUAGCCACGUUGAAAGCAGACCUCUGGAGUGCUGUAGUCAAAAACAGUCAGCACCAAGAUGCAUGGACUUGGGGUGGGAUGCUGGUUGUGUCUGUAUCAGUGGCAGGCUUAGUAACAUUAGCAGCUAUGACGCAGCCUGCUCUAGCUCCUGAGGCAAAACAUUCGCUUCUGCAAUACGUUACGGGAAAAUAUCUACUUCCGAGUAACUGCCGCGUACAUUUUCAAUGGGAGGAACCUCAACUUGUUGGAGAAACUAUGACGUUCAUGGUCAAAUUUUAUCAACGAAAUGGGCAGCCAUAUCCGAUAUGUGACAAAGACAAUCUAAUUGUAGAAGUAACCGAAGGUGCCCGAAGAGUAGCAACUUUGAUCGAAUUAGGUGGCACUGAUCCACAAGCUGCCAAUGCAGCUAUUGUCAAAUUCACUGUUCGUCAUGCUGGUCAAUACCGUAUUGCCGUACUCAUUGGCUCAUGUCAUGUGCACGGCAGUCCUUUUGUUAAAAAUUUCCUUCCAGGGCCGCCUGACGCCAAUAAAACGGUAUUUGUGCGGCAAAGCUCCACAGUUGUGUGCACAGCGGGUGUUGCACACUCGAUGGCAAUUGAGCCUCGAGACGAAUAUGACAAUCUCUGCAUUUUUGGAGCCACAGAUGAUCCUACAGUGGGGUAUCAAGUAGACAUUAGUCAGAUUGGCACUGCUGUUGAAAAAGGAUCUGCAGUAGAUUGCAGCGUGCAGCUAGAAUAUGACUGUCCAAAUCAAAGAAUUUGCCUCAGAGUCAGUUUUCCUAAAGAAGGCUGCUAUCAUGCCACAGUAAGCUUAGCAGGUCUUCAGCUUCACAAUGGAGACUUUGACAUUAUAGUUCUCAGCAGUAGUGACGCAACACUUGUUCACAAAAAUGUCGCUUCGAAAAACCCCCAUAUUUGCUAUGAAGCAAAGUUGAUGGGGAUGCAGGGAGAACGUUACUCCAAGCCUAGAAAAGUAUUUUGUUACGUGUCCCCCAAGCAGUUGACUAUCAAAGAGUAUCUGCUCAAAUUCAUUCCGAAGCGCCUUGUUACCUUUAGGCUUUGUCCAUCGACAAAGUUUCAUUUCGAAAAUUCAAACAACCAAUAUUCGGGUUACGAUGCCUUUUCCAUUGACGAUGGCUGUCAACCACCAGUUGAAUUGAUAUCUCGAUGUCGUAACGUGAUUGCAGCAACUUUCACCCAAUUCUUACUAAAAAAUAUUGGUGGCAGUGAGACUUUUAAAGACAAACAAGAUUUCUUCUACCAUGAAGUUCGCAAGCAUCAUCAAAAACAUUAUCACGAAAAGUUAUCAAUGAAAGUUCAGCGAGACAAACUACUUGAAUCCUCAAUGAAGGCCACUAAAGGAUUCUCUGUUAGUGAUUGGUGUCGAAACUUUGAGAUCAUAUUCCAGGGUGAACAAGGUGUGGAUUGGGGUGGCGUUCGUCGAGAGUGGUUCGAGCUAAUUUGUGCUGCGUUGUUCGAUUGUGGAAAUGGCUUAUUUUCUUCAUUUGGAGAAUCUCAACAGGCACUGGUGCAUCCAAACAACAAAAGGCCUCCUCAUCUAAAACCAAAACACUUCGAGUUCGCUGGAAGAGUCGUUGGAAAAUGUCUGUAUGAAUCAGCGCUUGGGGGGUCCUAUCGACAACUCGUACGAGCUAGAUUCACAAGAUCUUUUCUUGCUCAAAUAAUUGGCCUUCGAGUUCAUUAUAAGUAUUUCGAACAAGAUGAUCCUGAUCUUUACCUCAGCAAGGUCAAAUACAUCCUUGAGAACGACGUUGAGGAAAUGGAAUUGUAUUUCGUGGAAGAGGAAUAUGACACGAGUGGUCAACUUUUGAAGGUGGCUGAGCUGAUCUCAAAUGGGAGUAAGACGCGGGUUACCAAUGACACGAAGCUCCGGUACUUGGACGCAUUAGCACAACAUCGUUUGGCCAGUUCCAUACGUGAUGAAGUAGACUACUUCCUCCGUGGGCUCAAUGAACUCAUUCCCGACAAUCUGCUUGGCAUAUUUGACGAAAAUGAACUUGAGCUACUACUCUGUGGGACAGGUGAAUACAAUGUCGCAGAUUUGCGAGCUCACCAUAUAGCUAACGGCGGCUCUCCCGAAUUCUUACGAGUUUUGGAUUGGUUCUGGACAGCAGUGAGCAACUUCACCCGCGAAGAAAUGGCCCGGCUAUUGCAGUUUACUACCGGUUGUUCCCAAUUGCCUCCUGGUGGGUUUCAGCAGCUCAGUCCACGCUUUCAAAUUACAGCGGCACCAACGUUCGCUAAUCUACCUACAGCACAUACAUGUUUCAACCAACUAUGCCUCCCCGAUUACGAGUGCUACGAUCAUUUCGAAAAAGCGUUGCUAUUAGCGAUCAGCGAAGGCACAGAAGGAUUCGGCAUGAUAUAAGGAGAGCAAAACUUGUUACAACUUCUAGUCCGUUUCUAGUUGGAGUGGUAAAAAGUUAGUUCUUAAUAUACGUAUUUUGUACCUUGCGACAUGUCUUCGUAACUGAUAGAAACUAGAAAUAUUAUCUACAGUGGCAAUUGGGUCGUUUGUACUUUUACAAUUAGUGAAAGGCAAAUUUAAUUGACCUUCCAAAUUUUAUUAUCUGAUAUUUGGUUAACGGCUCUCGCUGUUGUACCUUACCCAAAAACUCCCGUAUAGGUUCUGCCGUAAAUACUUAUAGUUACAAAGCACAACAACCACUUAAAACUCAACCUACAUUCCAUAAUUCGAACGCCUUGAUCAAAAGAAACAAACUAUUAAUUCCUGGUUAAAGUCACUGCGUAUGAAUAGAGUUGGUAGAAGUGACAAUGCAAUUAAUUAAAGCAAUUGGUCGGAUAUCAUUGACGAUUUAAAAUGCUAUAGAUUCUAACUAGAAAAGAAGCUAGUACGUAGAAGUGUGAUGAUAAUUUCACAUCCAAUGCUCAUACAAGUGAUCUAAUCGCUAGAAAUCGAUUGCUAGUUUUCGCAGAGUAAGGUUGAUUCUUCAUGCCUACUGCCUGCCUGCUGUAUAUUUGCCUAGUUGAUAGUCUUGUUAUUAGCAAAAUAUAUUAAUAUAUUAUAGGUAUAAUCAUUAAUGCAAUCUGCAGAGAUGUUCUACGCGUGCGUGUCCAAGUACCAUGUACUGUGCAAUAAGUAAUACAUACCGAGUAUGUAUAUGUAUGUGUAUAGGUAUAAAAUAAUACUCGUAAAGUUUGAUAACGGUACGGUAAAGAUUUUACCACUGUAGUAAAAGUCGACUAUUCAACAACAAUUAUGAUAUGCACAAAUAUGAUAUGAUAUUAUUGUUUGUAAUAUUAUUAUUGUUAUUAUUAUCAUUAUUAUUAUUAUACAUAAUAUUUAUAUGCUCAUAGCAAUAAUCAAAACGGUAUAACUUAAAUUUUGACUUAGGGAAUUUAAUGAGUAUGUAUGAGAUUAGAAUACCGCGACAUUUUACUUAGAACAUUUGUUGAUCGGUAUGCACACAAUUACAAUUUACGAAUAACCUUACUACUUGUGAAAAUCGAAAACUUGAGCACUGAAGUAUAUAAUUGUACACACUCACUGUAUCGUAUACAGAUGUAUAUGGAUACAAUAGACUCUGAUAGAAAUUGUUGAAUGAUUCUCUAGUACCAAGUUCACACGUACGUGUACCUGCUCCAGUUGAACCCGAAUAAUUUAAGUUCUCUACUUAACUUUUUUUAUAACUUAAUCAUCAUAAACAGAUUUGUUUCAACUUGAACUUGCGAUCCACUUUGUCCUCACGGCAGCGUUACCUCAUAUUUUGUGUUUCAUCAUCGUCUGUCUCGCUUUAUGUUUUAAGAUAAUCUCUGAGUAUGCAAAGCAAUUUUAAUGUGUUAUAGAAGUUGUUACUAUGUGAUAUACCUAUGUAGGUACAUUUGCUUGUAGAUUGCGGUAAGAUACGGUAUUACUUGUAGAGUUGUGAUUAUUUUAAUUGAAAAUAUUUUUUUUGCACAUGUUAUGAACACAUGAGCCAUACCCUGAAUCAUUCUUCGUUGUAUAUCGCUCAGUUCUUGUAAUAAUUCUUAAGAUUGUAAUAAAUGAACACUCUUUCUUUA